AUGGAAUGGGCAAAUACAGGGGCAGUUCUGGGAACCUUUGAUGUCAACGAGGCCUUAGGUUUGGCACGUGUUCUAGGUGAAGAGUUUUGCGUGGAGUUCACGAGCCGGUUCGAUAUGACGGAGACUGGCGAGUACGACACGCAGGACAAAUACAAGCGCGUUGGCAACCCAAUCUCUUGGGCGAAUCCGACGGGAGGAGGCACUGUUGAGGACAACUCCAGCAAACACUGGACGUGGGUCUAUCCAGCCGGAGCCUUUGCCAUCCUCGCCUUUUGCGGAAUCAGCCGCUGGCGCAGUCUGCGCAAGGAGAAUGAGGAGCAGGUCAUAGCCUCGCCGCGGAUCAACAUGCCCGACACGGGCAACUUUGGUUACAAGCCACCCUCACAAGAGCCGCUUUCUGCCGAGGACCUGGCCCCCUCCCCCUCGUCGGAGACGGAGUCCGGCUUCGGCCCAGGUUGGGGCAACAACUUCACUCCGCCUCCUCGGAGCACCUGA